AUAAAGAGAAGUUGGCAGAGAUGCUUCAUGCCAUGAAACAGAAGAAUGCCUGCACGGCACCGCCAGUGAAAAACUCCCCACGGGACAGCCCCACUAUUGUCCAAGCUGACUCACACGUCCAUCAAACGGUGGCGGCAGACUUCGAGAAACCAGUCGCCGUUGCUCCUGCGUCUGUGCCGGAAGUCCCGAAGGCCACGGAGUCGUGCAGAACAAAUCACCUGAGACCCCCGGACUUUACCAGAGCCAAAGAGCCCCUUCCCCUCCCGGCGGAGAAGCCCAGGUUAAGCGACGGGCACACGGUCAAGAAGAACUUCACCCUCCUGAACUGCGUCCGGGGCCCGUUGCCGAAAGAGAUCCCCGUCCCGCUCUCCCACAGCGUGAACGGGAAGAACAAGCAGUGGGAGCCCUUCCUGGCCGAGGAGUUUGCGCACCAGUUCCACGAGUCCGUCUUGCAGUCCACCCAGAAGGCUUUGCAGAAACACAAAG